AUUAUCAAAACGACCUCACGUGUUCGUAGAUAACAAUUCAUCGAGGUAAAAACUAGUCAAAAACGUACCAACUUCAAUAAUGAUGGUUUUUCCAAAAAGGGUACUAUCGAAAAUAAACUACAAAAAGUUGGUACGACAGAGACUCCCCAUCACAACAUGGUUACCCCAAUACACGUUCUCCACUUUUGUGCAAGAUCUUAUAGCCGGAUUAACAGUUGCCAUGGUUGAAAUACCGCAAGGAAUAGCUUAUGCAGCCAUUGCAGGAUUACCUCCUCAGUACGGCCUGUUUUCGGGUCUGGCAGAUGGUUUCAUCUACGCCAUUCUAGGAGGGUGCAAAGACAUAAACGUCGGUCCCGGGUCCCUCCUGUCGUUACUAAUACAGUCUUCAGUGUUACAGGCAGGCCCUCAAGCCGCCAUCCUGUUGACUUUUCUUUCAGGAGUUAUAGUCUUAGCACUCGGAAUCAUGCAACUAGGUUUCCUAAUCAACUUCUUCUCCUACCCUGUGAUCACAGGCUUCAUUAAUUCAGGCGUCAUCCAAAUAUUUCUAGGUCAAGUUAUAAAUAUCCUGGGUUUGACAAGCAAGAGUAACGGUGUCAUCGAUAAUUGUAGUACCAUUGUCAACCAAAUCUACGAAACGCGAAAAUGGGACACCAUUCUCGGAGUUACGUCUCUCGUGGCUCUUCUAGUGUUAAAAGGAGUCGGGGUUUUUGGAACCUUACACGACCGCCCAGACUGGUCCAAACGAAGAAACCUCCUCGGGAAAUUCAUAUUUGGGCUAUAUUUAGCCCGAAGUGCUAUAAUUCUGGUCAUUGGAACCUCAAUCGCGUACUACUUUCGUGAAGACCCCCCUUUCAAAACCGCGGGUCAAGUCGCUGAUAGUUUCCCCACGUUGCAAGCGCCUUCGUUCAGUACCACCUUCAACGGUACUUACUACAGUUUCGGGGAUCUUCUUUCCGUUUUUAAUAUCACGUUGAUGUUUAUACCACUCAUAUCGAUACUAGAAGAACUAACGUUGAGCAAAACUUUCAGUAAAGGCAAAAGGAUCGACGGUACGCAAGAAAUGAUAGCCAUCGGCUUCUGCAACUUGGUUGGUUCGUUCGUGGGCUCGAUGCCAGUGACUGGAAGUUUUUCCAGAAGCACGAUAAACCACGCGUCGGGUGUUAAGACCACGAUGGGUGGCGUGUUCACGUCGCUGGUACUACUUCUAGCUAUAGCGUUUUUGACUUCGGCGUUCCGUUUCGUACCGAAAGCCACUCUAGCGGCGAUUUUAAUAAGCGCACUGAUGUCAUUGUUUGAGCUCAAAGCGAUGAUUUUGUUUUGGAAAUUUAAAAAGUUGGAUCUGCUGGUGUUUUCGGUCACUUUCGUCAUCGGGUUGUUCUUCGGUACUGACUACGGUAUUCUGGUUGGGGCGUGCUUCAAUUGCUUGUUUGUUUUGUACGCAAACGCGCGCCCGAAAUUCACUGUAACGAAAGAGGUGGAUUGUGGGAGCGACGUUUAUGUGGUUACUCCUAGACACACUUUGUACUUCCCCGCAGCUGAGUAUUUACGGGAUAAAGUGGUGGAGUUUGAAGGAGACAAUGUAACUGUCGUGAUUAAUGGCAAGUAUAUACGGAGCAUGGAUAUCACAGUGGCUAGGGGUGUCACGAAUCUCACGGACGAACUAGUGAUGAAAAAUCGCAAAGUCGUCCUCUGGAAUUUCAAAGAAUCGAUCAAAAAUAUGUGUAUAGGGGUAAACAAGAAUAUGGAAGACCAUUUUUUCAGUGACGAAGAUUAUAAAACUGUUCUACGAGAUGAGUCAAUUGUGAUAGCGUAAUUUAUUGACUCUAGAGUCAUUUUUACAAAAAAUAAAACUUGUUGAAAAAUC